AUGAUAUAAUGUAAGAACAUUUGUAAAUGUCACAAUGUACCCCCAGUACAACAAUUUAAAAUAAAAGAUGGCAGCAGAAUGUUGGGUGGUUGGUGUGGUUUUCCUUGACCUGUUAAUUUGCAUUUGCCGACACUAUAAUAUACUCUUAUCUGUGUUCCAGUCACUGUCACUCAAGCAUCACUGGCUGAGAAACUAAUUUUAAUGUGGGACUGGAUGCAAUGAUGAGGCUGAGGCAGCCAGUACUGCUACUAUACCUCCUUCAUUUAGCAGAGAACCCGCUAAGGAAAAAAAAUUUAGAGAGAAGGCCAAGGAAGGCUGAGGAGGGAAAGGUAUGUUCCAGGAGGAUCACCCUGGACACUCCUCCCUCCUUGACCAAACCUCAAUCUGUCUGAGCCAAGUUUAGCAAAGAACCCUGGCAAGCCAAUUUGGUACCAAUCUUCUACCUUUGGUUUCUAGUCAAGCUCUGCUGCCUCCUCUCUUGAGUCUUCCUCUCAGAAACUGAUCCCUGCUGUGGUGAUUCAUCUUGGUUAUCUGUUUGAUUAGGUACCUGAUGAAGUACGCUUCUAAGUGUGUCUAUGAGUUGUGUUCAGAGAACAUUGGCACCUAGGUCAGUGAACUAAGCUGGGAAGAUCCCCCAUGAAUGUGGGGGGCACUGUCCAAUAGGCGGGGGCCUGGAAGGAACAAAUUGUGGAAACAGGAAGUUCAUCAGACAUCAAGCAGUGGGGUGUUUUGCAGCUACCAACACCUGUGGACAUCAGACUCCAGCUUCUUUAGCCUUUCUUUGUGGACUCAUACCAGUGAGUCUUCAGGAAGCUUCUGGGUCUUUGGCCUUAGCCUGGGGCUUCAUCAUUGGUUCAUCUUGUUCUGAGGCUUCCAGCUCCUGGGACUGGGAAGUUAACCAGGUUCUACACCCCACAGCCUACAGACAGGUUCAUUGUGGAACCUCCAAUUGUGUGAGCCAAUCCAAUAAAUCCCCUUUUAAUAAUUACCAUAUUCUAUUGGCUCUGUUCCUCUAGAAAACCCUGAACAAUACACCUGCUCUUUGGCUAUCAUUCCUCAUCUGUCCCUGUUAUUUGAAAGUUGAGGUUGCUCUCUGUCACCCAUGUAAUAGUCUUGGAUAAAAUCUGUCUUGCCCUUUUUAAUAAGGUCUGGGGAAUGAUUUCCAAUGCCUUAACAUCACAAAAAUUUCAAAAAUGGGAACAAUGGGGGAACAUGUAGACAUGUUAGGAGUAUGACAUUGAGGUCAUCCUCAUUGUUAAUACAAGAUGUUGACUUACCCCUGAGCACUUAUUCUCAUGGGAAAAUUCACGCUGAAUUAUGAAGCUCUGGACUAAGAGAGGGAUUCAGAAAUGUAGAGGAAACAUUCUAGAAGGCCAUGAGUUUAAUUUUGACAAAUAGGAUUCUAGGUGCUGUCCAGUGAUCCUGUUUUUUAAUACAUACCUUGUUUAUUAUCCACAGAUUCCAUGUAUGCAAAUUCUCCUACUUGUUAACAUUUAUCUGUAGAUUUCAAAUUAAUAUUCAUGGUGCUCUGUGACUAUGUGCAGAGUACUGAAACAUGUCAAUCACUCGAAGUGCAUGUUCCCAGGUGAGGUUGAACGUGGUGGUAUUCUGCCUUCUGGUUUUCAGCUCUGAUGAUGUAAACAAGUGUCUGUUUUUCAGUUUACUAAUGCCACAUGGUUUACCUUAUUGUGCUUUCUCUUGCUGAUCUUUGCUGUUUAACAUUGCCCUCAAAUGUAUUGCAGAAGUGUUGUCUUACGAUCCUCUAUACACGAAGGCUACAGUAUCCCUUACAGAGAAGAUACCUAUUACAUAAGCUUUCUUCAGGCCUGAGUGGCUGGGAGUACAAUGUUAUUGUCUCAAUCUAUAUUAUAUAAGGUGUCUUUAAGAAGAAGCACACAAAAAGUGUUGCAUAAAAAGGUUGACAAAAAAGUUCUGAUCACUUUUCAGAAGCCUAACUGCAUUUUCCCUAGAACUGGUUCAGUGAUUGCUAAUUCAAAGUUCAUGACAAUUUUGUAGGACAUAACACAAAUUAUGAUGAUUGCCUAGUGUGACUUAUGAGAUGGGAAAAGAGCAUUAUUUUGAAGAACAGGUCAUACACAGACGUGUAGGUCUGCCUGGAGGUGGAACACAGAGGGGAGGGAAGGUGACAUUUCUAUUUUGUAACUGAGGCUCAGAGAAGUUAGACAGCCCCACUAGCAAGUGAUGAAGCCAGGAUUCCAACCCAGAUUGUGUGGGAUCUACAGGCACUUGAGACUCAGGCCUGCUUCAAGACACCUGGUACCUAGAAUGUGUCAUCAGAUGCUGCUCAGAGGAACUGAGUCGCUGAUAUCUGAUUGUAAAUAAUUUAGCCACCCCAAAUAAAGUGUACCCCUAUCAUUCCUGUGUCUACCAAAGGUAAGUCACGGGUAUGGAGGAAAAGUUUCCUUGAUUUUGUUUGGGAGUAGGCAAUAUGGUGCCACUUUUUUCUCAGGGCACAGAGUGGCUCAGCCAGGUGUAAAGAGGACCAGCUUCCAUGGCUGAUGUUCCAUUACCCCCUCCUCAGAGGUCAGCAUCUCUAUCUUCACCUCUCAACUGAGGAGUGAGGAUCAAGGGUGGAGUGCAUCUCUGUCAGAUGUUUAGAAAAGGGCAGAAGCAGAACUUGGACCAGCAAUUGCCAUUAAGGUUGGACGGAACCAUGAGUGCUUCUGUGCCUGUUACUUGAUGUGAAAGAAAGCACUGUGUUGCCAUCUGUUAAGUAGCUGAUAGGAAGAAUGAGCAUUUUGGUGCAGUGUGCAAAUCCAGGGUCAAGUUCACCUUAUCCCCACAUGGAAGGAAAGUAACCUUGACUGGGUCUGGAUAGCCUCUAGGGUGUAGGGAUCACUGUUCAGGUAGCAGUACCUGUCUGCUUGCUUGGAAUUGCCUCCUUUCCAGUUUCAGGGAAGUAAUGUUUUGCCAACUGGCUUCUGUUCUCUCUGUAGGUAGCCCAGUCACCAUGAAUGCAAGUGAAUUCCGGAGGAGAGGGAAGGAGAUGGUGGAUUAUGUGGCCAACUACCUGGAAGGCAUCGAGGGACGUCAGGUCUAUCCUGAUGUGGAGCCUGGUUACCUACGGCACUUGAUUCCUGCCACCGCCCCCCAGGAACCAGAAAAGUUUGAGGAUAUCAUCAAUGACGUAGAGAGGAUAAUCAUGCCGGGGGUGACCCACUGGCACAGCCCCUAUUUCUUUGCCUACUUCCCCACGGCUAGCUCAUACCCGGCCAUGCUUGCAGACAUGCUGUGCGGAGCCAUUGGUUGCAUCGGAUUCUCCUGGGCUGCAAGUCCGGCAUGCACAGAGCUGGAGACAGUGAUGAUGGACUGGCUUGGGAAGAUGCUGGAGCUCCCAGAGGCGUUUUUGGCUGGAAAAUCUGGGGAAGGAGGAGGAGUGAUCCAGGGAAGUGCCAGUGAAGCCACUCUGGUGGCUCUACUGGCUGCUCGAACCAAAAUGAUCCAGAAGCUGAAGACAACUUCCCCGGAGUUGACGCAGGCUGCCAUUAUGGACAAGCUGGUAGCCUACUCAUCCGAUCAGGCACACUCCUCUGUGGAAAGAGCUGGAUUGAUUGGCGGAGUGAGACUAAAAGCGAUUCCUUCGGAUGGCAAUUUUGCCAUGCAAGCUUCUGCCCUGCAGGAGGCGCUGCAGCGAGACAAGGCGGCCGGCCUGAUUCCCUUCUUCGUGGUUGUUACGCUAGGGACCACAUCUUGCUGCUCUUUUGACAAUCUCUUAGAAGUGGGUCCUAUCUGCAACAAAGAGGACCUGUGGCUGCACAUUGAUGCUGCGUAUGCAGGAAGUGCCUUUAUCUGCCCAGAGUUCCGGCAUCUUCUGAAUGGAGUGGAGUUUGCAGAUUCAUUUAACUUUAAUCCCCACAAAUGGCUUUUGGUGAAUUUUGACUGCUCCGCCAUGUGGGUGAAAAAGAGAAUCGACUUAACAGGAGCCUUCAAACUGGACCCUGUUUACCUGAAGCACAACCACCAGGACUCAGGACUUAUCACUGACUACAGGCACUGGCAGAUUCCAUUGGGCCGGAGGUUCCGCUCGUUGAAGAUGUGGUUUGUCUUUCGAAUGUAUGGUGUCAAAGGGCUGCAGGCUUACAUCCGCAAGCACGUGCAGCUGUCUCAUGAGUUUGAGUCUCUGGUGCGCCAGGAUCCCCGCUUUGAGAUCUGUGCGGAAGUCACUCUGGGGCUGGUCUGCUUUCGGCUAAAGGGUCCCAACCGACUGAGCAAAGCCCUUCUGGAAAGAAUAAACAGUGUCAAGAAAAUCCACAUGGUUCCGUGUCACCUCCGAGACAAGUUCGUGCUGCGUUUUGCCAUCUGCUCUCGCUCUGUGGAAUCUACCCAUGUGCAGCUCGCCUGGGAGCACAUCCGAGAGUUGGCUGGUGAGGUGCUGAGUGCAGAGAAGGAAUGAAAGCAGAGCUGGCUGCAGAUCAAAGUUGAAAGGACAUCUUUCUGGAAUGAGAAGAAAAUGAACAUCACUCUGAUUCUGUGGAACUGGAACUCUAUGUGGCCUCAUUUGUCUAUCUCCAUAGUUAACCAGAAACUUGCGAUUAUGUCUUUUCAAUGUCUAAUCAAUGAAGAAAUUACCUGUGGUCUUUAAAUUAUCCUGUCAUGUGCUUAAAUGCUUAAUGAACAGUUGACGUG